UCUUGUAGCAACAUAUCUAAUCACCAAACAAACUAAUCAACAUGAAAGCCGCCAUCAUCUUCGCCUGCCUUUUGGCCGUUGCCUUCGCUCGCCCCGAUGCUGAAAUUGUCCGAUUGGACUCUGAUGUUGGACCUGAAAGCUACGUAUACAAUUUGGAGACCAGCGAUGGUACCAAGAAGGAGGAAGCUGGACAACUGAAGGAUGUUGGCACUGAUCACGAAGCUAUCGUUGUCCACGGUAGCUACUCGUGGGUGGAUGAGAAGACUGGCGAGAAAUUCACCGUCAACUAUGUUGCUGACGAGAACGGUUUCCAACCUCAAGGCGCUCACUUGCCCGUUGCUCCAGUCGCUUAAGUAAAUUAAUUUGUUAAUUCAAGUUAAAGUUUGUUAAUGUAAUGUUUUAUUAGAGAAAGUAAAU